AGACACUGCACGCGACAGGCACGCGACUGACGUAAUUCUUUAGGUUUAUAUUUGCAAACACAGACUUUCAGACGAUAUUUUUGGCAUCGUCUUUAAGGGAACAAAGUCUUUGAACAGUUCAGUCUUUAAUGGAUCUUUCUUCUGGUAACUUCACAAAUGAGCACAUUAUGAAACAGGAAUAUCAUUUUCAAACUGAACUGCAGAAUAUGCCUUCUUGCAUGUACGACCAACACUCUCAAAUGGGAGUCAUGCCAUCUAGUGGCCAAAGCACGAGGUCAAAGCUGUUUCGAUUUCACAUGGCUAAAGAAAAUGCAGCAAUGGGCAGUUGUCGAAGACGACUUGAUUUUAACCAAAGUUGUCAAACCAACAUUUACGGUUUGAAACUUGGACAACAAAUUACAGUUGCGCGUAGAAAUGAACGUGAAAGGAAUCGUGUAAAACUUAUAAAUAUGACAUUUGCAACUCUCAGGGAACAUUUACCGUUUGAACCUGAAAAUACGAAAAAUAAGAAAAUGAGUAAGGUGGAUACAUUAAAAGCAGCCAUUGAUUACAUCAAAUACCUCCAGGAGCUUGUUGACAAUCAUGAUGCAGUAAGCGCUGUGUUUAACGAAGCUUGUUCAAUUGACGCUAUGCAAUUUGACUUGAGAACAUGUCCGACAAAUUCACCUGAAAAAUCACCACCGGAAACAGUUAUGACGUCAGAAGCUACGUUCGAUGCACUGAGUACAGAAGAAGAAGAGUUGCUUGACUUCGCUAGUUGGUUCUGAAAUUCAAGAGCAGGUGAAAAUAUACACGAAGAAAUAUCAAGAGAUAACCCACCUGUCACGUACCAACCAGGAUGAGGGAAAAGUGACAUUAAAUCUAUCUAGUCAUAUACUACAACACGGGUUUCUCUCUUCUUCAUUGGGAAAGGAAAGAUGUGCAAAGUCUACAUCUCAGCGGACUUAAUUUUGGGUCCGCCCCCUUUACUAGGACACGCCCAUUCAUUACGUCAUUGCUACAGGUGGCUAUUUUUGUGGUAACGACAAUACAAUACCCGUAGACAAGUGUGGUUAUUUGAUAUCUUUUAUUUUUUGAAAUUCAAUAAAGGUGCUUUGCAAAAAAUGAUGCAUAAAAUACUUUUAAAAUGUUAUAUCCUGUACUGUCGGCAUUUAAAGAAUUUACACACAUUCAGACUAUCUGAUUUUACCAGCUCUGUCAAGAGAAGUCUCGAUUUCAUCCAAUUCCACUAUCGUACUCCGUGCUGCAAAGAUGAUGAUAGUGUUUUUCAUUCACUAUAUUUUAUUUACACCUCUUUAGCUGAAAAAAUACUACAAGCGCCUAUUAAAUAUAUGCGCAAAUGCAAUAUAUAUUGUUGAUCUGCACAACAGAUGUUAGAUAGAUGUCGAGUAUCAGUCUGACUUUUUACGUUGAAGUUUUACACAUGAAAUCACCAGCAAAAGUUCUAAAGCACCACAAGUCAGACUGAAGUACACAAAAACGUACGCUUUCUAUUUGGCGUUCACUUAUAUUGUGUGAAUAAGGCAGCUGUUCCAAAGCUCUUCAAUUCGGAGUCGGAAGAAGCGGUAUUACUUUUCUGAGUACACAGCAAAUCGAAAAGGUUUGAUACAAGAGCAUAUUUUGCAAAAUAAUAGAACAAAAAAAAAUCAUAAUGAAUAAUCAGGUUAUUUUGUCUUUUUGAACAUACUUGUUUGUUAUGUUUAUUUAUUAACCCCGCUUGGUUUUGAAAUUUGAUUGAUCGUCCUGCCACUAUUGGCUGAUAUUGUUUUGGUCAGUUGGGGCAUGCCGUAGUAUGUCAUUUUCGCAAAUUAGAGGUCUACCAUGGGACCCCGGAUGAGUUCGUCUCGGGAUUUAGACGAACUUCUGA